AUGAUCCCCGUCCGGUCACCGUCGGGUGGGGAGCUCCCCGACGGGUCCAACCCGCGGCAUCCCCGCCACCCCCGAGGCCUGCCGCGGCUGAGGAUUGGUCGCCGAUCGGUCGCCGGCGUCGGCAUUCGGCAGAGGCGCCCUUGCGGCGCACUACCGCAGUCAACGGUGCCCAUCCGCGCCAUGAAGAUCCUGCAGAACGGCGUGCUGGAGGUGCCGCUGAACUACUACCGCAUCCUGCGUGCCCGGAAGGUGAACUCGACGGAGGUGGUGCGCCGGAACUACGAGGCGCAGCUGGCCAACCCGCCGCGCGUGGGGUACUCCGGGGACGCGCUGGACGCGAGGGCGUCCCUGUUGGAGGCCGCGGCGGAGUGCAUGCUCAAUUACGAACGGCGGCUGGACUACGACCGGCGUCUAGCGGGCGGCGUCAUCGUGGAGAGCGUGCCGGCAUCUCAAGUCGCGGGCGCCCUGUGCCUGCUGCAAGAGUGCGGUGACGUCGAGCAGGUGAUCCGCAUCGGCAGCGAGUGGCUGAGGCGCAGGCCGCGGUCGCCCGCAUGCAAGGAUGUGGCACUUGCGGUGGCCCUGGCGUACUGCGAUCUGUCGGGCGAGGCCAUAGCGGCAGGCGGCAGCGUGGCCGGCUGCUGCGACGACCUGGAGGCCGCGCUGGAGCUGUUGAUCGAGUUCCAGGCGGCGCGGGGGCUGCAGGUGGAGAUCGCGAGGACCCUGAAGGAGCUGGGACCACAGUACAUCCUGGAAUGCCUGGCGCUGCCGGAUGGCAAGGAGUUCGAGAAGCGCAAGGCAAAGGGGAUGGCGGUUUUAAAGUCAUUAGCAUGGGAGGCAGAGUCAGAUGGCAGGCUGUCACCUUACCUGCGGCCUCGGAGGGAGUUCUUGGAGAGGGCAAGAUAUUACAUGUCUGCUGGACAGCAGAUUGAGCUUUAUGAGGCGUGCCCCAGAGGCGUCCGAGUGCCACUGGAUGAGCUCUACGACCUCGCCCUUGCCUUUGUGGCUGAAGGAUACUACACCAAACGGCCACAGCACAUUGUUGAGGCAGAGGAGGUGUUUCAGAAGAUCUCCCUGGCCAACACCGAGGGCCUGGACGUCUCUGUCGAAAUGGGUCUAUGUGCUUUGCUCCUGGGAGACUAUGACAAAGCUUUAGAUUGCCUGGGCCUGGUUGCAGGGUCACCUGUGGCCCCUGACAGGAAGGUCCUUGAAUUUGUUAAGGCGAACUCAGUGGAUGGCACUGACUUGUUACCAGGCGUUUGUGCCUUGGCAGAGAUGUGGUUAAAGGACACCAUCAUACCAUCCUACAGGGAGAUGAACACUGACAAGAGCUCGCUGGGUGAAUGGUUCAAGUCGCCAAGGGUGGCUGUCUAUCUUCGGGUCCUGGAGCGUGGGAAGGACAUCAAUUUGGUGAGUGCAGCUGCAGCCAUCACCAGAAUGUCAGGCUCUGUGGCUCGUGGCAUUACCAAUGCCGUGGGCUCAGCAGUGCAUGGCAUGGCAGGCCUGCUUCGUGGGCCUGCCAUCAGAGAUCCCUCGAAGGAUCCCCUGCCGUACGGACAGUUCAACCUCAGCAAUGUGCCACUACCCAGGACAACAGGCGGUGAACAGAAUGUCAAGGACUAUGGCAGCAAUGGGAAUGUGCAGGAAGAGAGCAAUGGAGCACAGGCAGAUAUGACUGGAGAGCCCAGCAUGAAUUUGGAUUGGGAAGAGGGCAGAGAGAAUGGCAUGGAGACAACCUUGGCAGAUGUGCAGCAGACAAGCAGCAAUGGGGCAGAGGAGGGUUAUUGGUCAGCAGGAGAUGGGUAUGAACCUGAACGACAAAUGGAAGCAUACCUGCAAGGUAAUGAGAGGCAAGCAGCUUGGAUGAAGACUGUGCUCGUGGGGGGCGUUGUGCUGACAGCUGCGGUGCUGGGUUCCUUGGCUGUGAGGGCUGCAAUCCCCACCAUUCAAGGGCUUGCAGCAUCCACUUCUGCAGGAGUGAGGAAGACCUCGCGGUCCAUGUUGGGUGUGAUCAGUGCCAACAAGAAAGGUGCCAUAGAUGUGCCAAAUGCUGAGGAGCUGGUCCUGCGUUGGCACGCCAUUAAGAGUGAUGCAAUGGGCGCUGAACAUCAGAUCGCCAAAUUGGGCGAGGUACUAGAAGGCAAUCUCCUGAAGCAAUGGAGCGAGAAUGCAAGCCGUGUGCAGAAGAAGGGGUGGUACUGGCAGUACAAGCUGAAGGGCCUGACUGUGGAUAAAGUUGGCAUAAGCAGAGAUGGGCGGCACGCAACGGUGGAGGCCACUAUCAAGGAAUCAGUGCAGCUGAUGGACCAAGGACGGGUUGCCGAUAAGCAUGACACUUCGUACUCUGUGCAAUACGAGCUCGUGAUGAAAAACAACGUCUGGAAAAUCAAUGGAUCGAGAGUUGUGUUCGACGCCUCGUGA